AUUUCUUCCGCUCGGUUUAUUCGUAACAAUAUUAUAAACCCGUCUACAAAAAUGGCUGAAACAACAGUGGUAGAAAAGGGAAUGACAAUUUUCCUCGACGUUUUCAGGAGAGCUGAUAGAAAAGAUGAUGGAAAGAUUUCUUGGGAGGAAUUUGUGGCUUUCUUUGCUGAUGGAAUCAUGGGCAAAGAAGAACUGAGGACACUGUUUGAUGACAUCGACACCCACAAAACCAACUUCAUUGACCCAAAAGAGCUGUGUGAUUAUUUUGCCAACCACCUGGGACCAUUCAAAGAAAUCUUAAGCCUUAUAGAAGACCUCAAUGUGAAGGUGAGCAAUAUGCUGGUAUCCACUGCGCAGUCGUACCCGGGCAGUUCCCGCAGUAACCAGUUCACAGCGCGCUUCCUCAUGGGGCUCGUGUUUAACCAGGUCUGCGCCAUUCAGCAUCCGCUUGACGCAGCCACGGACGCCCUAGAGGCUCAGGCUAAGGAAGAAGGAGUAAACAUCAUAGCCGUUCAGCCAGAGGAUGUGAGAGAGAAGAAUGAAGAGCUUAUUGUGCCUGGUCGCAUUGUCCGGCGGGCCAAACGACAGACUAGCAAACAGACAACAUAUGAGGGUAACCAAAAUUUAUCAGGAACACAAGUAGCUCUGGAGGACCAAGUAGAUAGACUAGCCAAGCUUCUCAACAGAAUGGAAAAGAAGGUGAACUUUGAUGGUUUGGUGGAUGAGGAAGUGGACAUCACAGAUGAUAAAAUAGUUUUGCUGUAUCAGCAAGAUUUGACAGUGAAGGAUGGACAGAUGGACUCUUUCAAGACCCAGUUACGAAAAUACAUUGAGGUCACAAAUUCUGCACCAGGAGCUUUGACCAUGUCUGUACGAAGCUUUAAAGACACACCCAAGUUCUCCAUCUAUGAAGUUUGGACUUCUGAUGACCUGCGAGCCAGGCAUCUUCAGGCACAGGGACCGAAAGAGUUCACAGACUGUGUGGCCGGAAUGACUGAGAAGAGGACAGAGUCAGUGGUUCACAUACCUUCCACAUGGUGGAGGAGAGACUGAGAUACAAUACCAUCAAUAUAGAUGUACUAUCUAUCCUGUUACUACAGCUUAGUAGAUCAAUUAACGCCUACAUCAGAAUUGUAAACCUAACUUUUACCUAUCAAUAUUGUUUUUAUACGCCCGUCUAUGACGGGACGUAUUAUGGUAUACCCCGCGUCCGUCUGUCCGUCCGUCCGUCCGUCCGUCUGUUAAUGUCGUACGCUACGUCAAAUAUCCUUUGAUAGAUUUUCUUCAAAUUUUAACACAAUCUUAAUAUUGAUAAACCCUGAUCCCCUUUCGUUUUUGACGGAAUUCUGAAUUGUCGUUCCAGAGUUAUGGGACUUUGUUCGUCAAAAUUUCGUGAUUUCCAUGCUCAUGUACUUAUAAAAUAAACCAUGUAUUCAAAUACAAAUAAACUGAAGUAAAAAAAUGAUUCAAAGGGUUAUUUAUUACCUUACUACUUCAUUGGCGAACGACGGGCGUAUCAUGCGCUCAUGGCGCAGCUUUUAUUAUGUUUAGUUCAAUCCUAUUAUAGAAUACUAUUUAUGUGCAAUAUGAUGUUGUACACAAUGAUUGACCAGAAAAUGUGCUAAAACUGAGAAAGAUAACUUAUGAUAUGCCAUAUUUUACAAAUGUAUUCAAGUUUAAAGCAUAAAAAGGCCACCCUCUCAUUAGCUAUGCAAUUAAUGAACUUUAUGAGUACUUUCUCUUCAUUACUAUGUACAACCCCCCCCCCCCCCCCCCCAAUUUCAAUGGCUAUGCAAUUAAUGAACUUUAUGAGUACUUUUUUAUCCCUGCUGAAAAAAUUUUUGGAGGGGAUAUAGUAAUUGGUCCUGUCCGUCUGUCCAUCCAUCUGUCCGUCCAGCUGAAACUUUGUACUGAGCAUAACUCCAAAUUUAUUCAAUGGAUUUACUUUAAACUUAGAAUAUAAACAGAUGGCAACUAGGAGAAGUGCAGUGACCAAGAACCAUAACUCUAUCUACCUUAGUUUUUGAAUUAUCUCCCCUUUUAUAUAACUUUAAAGUAAAUUUUUGUCCGGAGCAUAACUCUAAAUAUACUAAAGGGAUUUACUUGAAACUUAAAAUAUAAACAGAUGGCAACUAGGAGAAGUGCAGUGACCAAGAACCAAAACCUUGAAUUAUCUCCCCUUUUAUAUAGUUUUAAACUAAAUUUUUGUCCGGAGCAUAACUCUAAAUCUACUGAAGGGAUUUACUUGAAACUUGAAAUAUAAACAGAUGGCAACUAGGAGAAGUGCAGCGACCAAGAACCACAACUCUAUCUACCUUAGUUUUUAAAUUAUCUCCCCUUUUAUAUAAUUUUAAAGUUAAUUUUUGUCCGGAGCUUAACUCUAAAUCUACUGAAGGGAUUUACUUGAAACUUGAAAUAUAAACUGAUGGCGAGUAGGAAAAGUGCAAAAAAUCUACCUGAGUUUUUGAAUUAUCUCCCCUCUCUACUAAAGGGAUUUACUUGAAACUUGAAAUAUUAACAUAUGGCGACUAUAAGAAGUGCAGUGACCAAGUACCACAACUCUAUCUACCUUAGCUUUUGAAUUAUCUCCCCUUUUAUAUAAUUUUAAAGUAAAUUUUUGUCCGGAGCACAACUCUAAAUCUACUAAAGGGAUUUACUUGAAACUUGAAACUUAAACAAAUGGCAAGUAGGAGAAGUGCAGUGACUAAGAACCAUAGCUCUAUCUAUCUUAGUGUUUGAAUUAUAUCCCGUUAUUUAAUUUCAAAGUAAAUUUUUGUCAGGAGCAUAAUGAAUUAUCCCCCUUAAUUUGUUUUUACAAAUAUUAUUCUACUCUCUAAAACAAAUGUUGUCAUACAAGCAAACACAUUUUUGCGGGAAUUUGGCACUACUGUGACAAGCUCUUGUCUUCAAUACUAUGUACAGAUCCCCCCUCCAAAUGGCUAUGCAAUAAAUGAACUUUAUAAGUAAAUGUCAAAUUAGCUACAAAUGGACAAGAACAAAUUGAAGCAGACUUAAAAGAUUAUUCAUUUGCUGGCAAAGAAGGAUACAUUAAAAAAAUAAUUCUAUAUGGACACUUUCAAAUCAGAUAAAAAUAUAUUGCGAUAAUUUUUAGACUUGCAUAUACUUUUAUUUUAGGAAAUAAUCUAUUAGUGUCAGGGUAUGUCACUUAUCAUUUUAAGUCUAGAAAAAAAUAGAACGCUAUAUAAAGUUAGAAGAUAGUAAAUUUCAAAACACAACUUAUUUGUUUGUGGUGUCUGUAUAUGCUUUUCUUAUGUUAUAAUUUUGUUAACUGAUAUAUUUUCUUGUAUUCUAAGAAAAUUACUUACCGGUAUUCAAAACUACCAAUCACGGCAAUUCAUAGCAGAAUGUUUACUUGUAUAAAAUAUGCUUUUACAUCAUAUGAGCUUUUGCCUUUGUACAGCAUACUAUUGUAAGCUUACAUGUAUGCUAUUUUGUAUUUUUGUUAGAGCUCUUUAUAAUGUAAUGCCAGUCAACUUUCAUAUUCUUUAUAUUGUCUCUAUUUUGUUCUUUUACAACUUUUACUUUAUUGUUGUAGUUGUUGUUUAUCAAACCUUAAAUGUGCUAAAAUUUUGUGAUAGAUUUUCAUUAGCUUGGUGGUUGUGAUAGAUUUUUAUUAGCUUGGUGGUUGUGAUAGAUUUUUAUUAGCUUGGUGUUUUGUAAAGUGAGAUUUAUUUCAAAUUUGAUUGCUUUGUUGGCUUGUUCAACGGAAAGUCACAGAUGAUUAUUGAUUUGAGACAAAGGAUUAUAGUCAGUCUAGGCGAAAUUCACAAAACUGAUUUCAAAGCUUUCACAGACUUACACUUACUUACAAUAACGUAUAUAUUUAAUGUAAAAAGGCAUCUAAAUUAAGGUUCAGUAUGUUUUGUAACUACAGAUUUACUUUAAUAAUUUGAAUUUUUGCUCAUUUAUUGGUUCCAUUAUGAAAUAAGCCGGAAUGAAAUAGUAGCCUCAAGCUCUGUUUAUCCUUUAAAGGUGUAGAAGAGACGAAUUAAAUUAAGGUUCUCUCUGAAACCAGCUGGUCUGGAAUUUUAUUUGGUUUGUUAAGACAGAUUCUCUGCAAUGAUCAUUGCAUAUAUUUUUUGUUUUGGGUGUGUAUGUAUGCAUAAUUAUUACUUUAUUUUAAAUGUAUUAUUUUGAUAAGUCACAUCUUUACUAAUUUUAAUAUAUCAAUUAUUAGUGUUUAACUGAGUAAUGCAACCGCAUCAUGUAAAUAAUAGUCAUGUAUUUGUUAAAAAAAGGAUUUUUAAAUAUGAAUUUCUAAGUAACAAUUUUUGUAAAGCUUUGUAAUAUUCCAAUUUACAAACAUUAAACUCAUUUAACAGGUUAAGCACAAUACUAUUCAUUGUGUGCUUUUACUUCAAAUUAGGGUUAGGGCAGUAUUUUAAAAGGCGCUAUGAACAAUCCUAACGUAGGAUGCAUAUAAGAAAAAAAUUCAGGUAAAUUUGCUUUGCAAAAUUCCAUUAGAAACAGUACACACAGAAUAUAAUUUUUUGACCAACGUUGAUUGGAAUUUUACAUCUGCAUAUCAUGGCAUAUAGCAUUUGAACUGUCUGUCCAUCUGUCAGUCUGUCCGAAAACUUUAACAUUGGCCAUUAUUUUUGCAAUUUUGAAGAUAGCAACUUGAUAUUUGGCAUGCAUGUGUAUCUCAUGGAGCUGCACAUUUUGAGUGGUGAAAGGUCAAGGUCAUCAUUCAAGGUCAAAAGUCAAAAUAUGUAAUCCAAGGGAAGUAAUAAGCUUUAAAAGGGAGAUAAUUUAUAAACCUGCCAAAUGAUAUAUUGAAAUUUUAUUUCAAAGCGGCGCAAUAGGGGGCAUUGUGUUUCUGACAAACACAUCUCUUGUUUUUAUUAUAUUCAAGUAUACGGAAAUUUGUUUUUUGUGUUCCAUUGAACAAUAGUGAUAUCAGUGACUUUAUACCGUUAUAAAUGUUUCUUUAUGUUUCAUUUAGACAAACCUCUUGUUAAGAAUGUUACUUCAUGUCUUGUAGAUUAUAUAAAUAAAGAUAUAUAUAAAACCAUU